GCCGCGCAGCCCGGGGCCGGGGCGCAGCGGCGUGCGAGCGGCAGGGAGCUGCGCCCUGCGGGGCUCCCCAGGAGCUGCUUUUCGUGUACCGUGCUGUCGCCAUUUAAAAAUCGAGCUCAGCAGAGGAUGCUCUAGCAGUGACUGUGCUGGACCAUGUCUUGGAACAUCGGCAUCGUCUCUGACUCCGCCACAGACUUCCUUUGUGAAAGUGGGAUAAAUGGAUGUAUAUGACUUUUCAUCUGAUCUAAAGCGGUUCCAUGUCUUGUUUGGAUUGUUCCUGUAUUCUACGUACACGAGUUGAAUCAAUCAGACUGGAAAAGCAAUCUCAGAGCAGCAUCCAUGAAUAUCUGGCUGAUUCUGAUCAAGCCUGGAUUCCCCCAUCUACAGGAAAGAAUGAAAUGAUAUUUUGCUCUUCCAAUGUCUCUCACUAUGAACUCCAGGUGGAAAUAGGAAGGAGAUUCAACAACUUAACUUCAGUCUACCUUGCACGACAUACACCUACAGGGAUGCAAGUUGCUGUAAGAAUCACGGACCUAGAAAGUUGCUCUGAAGAGCAUUUGAAAGCUUUGCAGAAUGAGGUGGUUUUAUCCCACUUUUUCCAGCAUCCCAACAUAAUGACGCUUUGGACAGUAUUUACAGCUGGUAGUUGGCUUUGGGUCAUCUCUCCAUUCAUGGCGUAUGGUUCUGCUAGACACCUACUGAAAACUUACUUCCCUGAAGGAAUGAGUGAAGCUUUGAUAGGGAACAUUCUGUUUGGUGCAAUCAGAGGAUUAAAUUACAUGCACCAAAAUGGCUACAUUCACAGGAAUAUUAAAGCUAGCCACAUUCUGAUUUCAGGGGAUGGUCUGGUGUCUCUCUCAGGCUUAAGCAACCUCUACAGCUUAGUUAAUAAUGGACAAAAGUCAAAGGUGGUAUAUGAUUUCCCCCAAUUUAGUACAUCUGUGCUUCCUUGGCUGAGUCCUGAACUACUGAGACAGGAUUUGUCUGGAUAUAAUGUGAAGUCUGAUAUUUACAGUGUGGGGAUUACAGCAUGUGAAUUAGCCAACGGACACGUUCCAUUUCAAGAUAUGCCUCGCACUCAGAUGCUGCUGCAAAAGCUGAAAGGUCCCACUCCUUGGGAUAUAAAUACCUUCCCCCGUGGGGAAUCCAGAAUGAAGAAUUCCCGAUCAGGUGUUGAUUCUGGAAUUGGUGAGAGCAUGACACGUACAAUGACUAGUGAAGGACUGCAAAUUCCCUUUUCCAAAACGUUUUCUCCUGCUUUCUACAAUUUGAUAGAGCUUUGCUUGCAACAGGACCCUGAGAAAAGGCCAUCAGCAAGCAGUUUGCUUUCGCACACAUUCUUCAAACAGAUAAAAGAACAAACACGGAGCUCAUUACUAUCCCUAUUACCACCUCCAAUUCAAAAUAAUAGAUCAGCAUUGUUGGCACUGCCCUCACCAGCAAUUGAGACUGAACUUGGAUGUAUUACUACAAAUCAAAAUGACAUAGACUGGGAAUUCUAAAAAGAUACCAAACCAUCAUACCUCUCCCAUGUUUCAGAAAAGGAAAAUGUGAUUUCUACUUGCUGCUUUACUCUGUAUGGUUAAAAUACAAUUAGACAACGUAUACUUGAAAAUGCAGUUGUAGUGGCCCUAUUUCAUUAACUUCUUUCUCUAUUGGCACCAUAAAGUGCAGUAAGCCUCACCUUUCUCUGGUUGUAAGGACAACUGUAUAUAGAGAAUGACUGAGCUCUUAUUUUCCUUUUUCAAAAUAUUUCUUAAGAGGGCCCCUGCUGUAUUCCUACUCUGUACAGUACUGAAAGUUUUCAGCUCAUAUUACUACAGUCCAAGUUGCUUUCUAAGUUCAGCCUUGGGUUUUGUCUAUGGCCUUACUUAUUUUGACAGCCUGAUCUGUCUUUUCAUUCUCAUGCAAAUUAUUUUAGUAAGAAGGAAGUCUUCACUUCCAAACCUACAUUUAAAAUUGCACAAAUUAGUUGCUUGUUUAUGCAAAUAAAUGUAUCUCUUCACACACUUGAAAAAGCACUAUUAAUGUAUUUUUCUCAGCUGAUAUGCUUUAAUACUUGCCAAAAGUUAGCUAUCCAUCUAGUCUCUCAUAUAGUUCUCUAACUGCAUGAUGCCAAAAGAAGUUUUUCUUCUUUGCAAGCAUGACUCUUGCAUUUGACUACAUUCUUAGUACAGAUCUGUGCUUUUAAUCUCCAUUUACUGUGUCAUCUUAACAAAUGAUAUGAGAACCACUUACGAUAUAAAGCAAAUCUGAUGUUAUAACAGGUAUGGGUUAAUGCUGAAGCAUCAUGUUAAGAAAGACAAAGUUAGUGCAAGUAUUUUUAUUCAUACUGAAUUCCUGUUCACUAAAGUUACCUGAAGCUAAUACUGUUUUCUCAGAAGAACUUGCAACACCAACUACUUACCAGUCAAUGUGCACUAAGCUACACUGGUAUUACCACUUGCCUCUUACGCCAGUCCUAGUUUAAUUCCCAUAGUUACUUUCAGCCAUGACAUGAACUUUAAUUAACCAGAAUCUGUGGGGUUUUAUUGUUUAAAUCAGAUAAAAAAUAUCUCAGUAAGUUCUCAUCUCUAAUACUGCACCAAACAACAACUCAAGCUGACCAAGCAGGUUCCUUUUAAAAGAAGUCAUAUGUUGUCAUGUUUUAAAAGUUGUAUCCCCAAACCACUAGGACAUUAUUGACAUAAGUUCUGACUAUAGUGAAAAUGUAUAAAUAGAUGUGAAAUGAAUUGAUGUAUUUGAAAUUUUCAAUAUAUAUAAUACUUUACAUGUGAGUAUUUAAGUCUUAGAGGGGCUGGAGCCUGUCAGCAAACAACCUUGAGAAUAUCACACUGCUAGCAGUUUCAGUGCAAAGCAGUGAAGGCUGAUUGAGCAAAAGGCAAGCCAGAGAGGCAUAGAAACAAUUUUAGAUGACCACAUUAAAGUAUUAAUGAAAGUCUUGAUUCUACUCAUUAUGCUGUGAAGGCAGCCCUAUAUUUCAAAACCUAGUAGGUGAAAUUAAGAUUAAACACCUUCCAGUAAUCUUAA